AUGUACUGUAUGGGGACCAGGAAGACCGAGGCCCAGGGGACGCAGACCACCAUUAUAGGGUCAGAGGGCUAUGUACUGUAUGGGGACCAGGAAGACAGAGAGGCCCAGGGGGCACAGACCACCAUUACAGGGUCAGAGGGCUAUGUACUGUAUGGGGACCAGGAAGACAGAGAGGCCCAGGGGGCACAGACCACCAUUACAGGGAUUGUUCUGGUGGGUAAGACUGGAGCAGGGAAGAGUGCAACCGGAAACACCAUCCUGGGGAAAAAGGUGUUUGAAGUGAACGCCUCUCUCAAUUCUGUGACAGACAAGUGUUACAAAACAAUUGGAGAGGUUUGUGGGAUGCGGGUGCAUAUUGUUGACACUCCUGGCAUCUUCGACACAGCGAAGACGGAUGAAGAAGUGAAAAAGACAGUAGGGGAGUGUGUCAACAUGUCUGUUCCGGGACCCCACGCAUUCCUGCUGGUGAUCAGGCUGGGGGGGAGGUUCACAGAGGAGGAGAGGAACACUGUGAAGUGGAUCCAGGAGAACUUUGGAGAGGACGCUUCAUUGCACACCCUCUUGCUGUUCACCUGUAAAGAUCAGCUGAAUGGUCAAGAAGUGGUCAACGUUCUGAGAAAGUCCAAGGAUGUACAGAAACUUCUCAACACCUGUGGGGGCAGAUAUCACUCGUUCAAUAACAACGAGAAAGACCCCACUCAGGUUACAGAGCUUCUGGAGAAAAUAAAAGAAAUGGUGGAGAAUAAUGGAGGAAAUUACUACACCAAUGACAUGUAUGAGAAGGCUCAGAAAAAGAUCAAAGAGGAGGAGGAGAAGAGGAAAGCGGAGGAAGAAAAGCAGAGGCAGGAGCAGGAAAGAAUCAUAGAGCAAAGAAUAAGACAGGAGAUAGAAGAGAAGGGGAGGAGAAAGAUAAUGUUCCGUAUGAUAUUGCUUGUUGCUAUUCUGUUAAUCAUAGGAGGGGUGCUUUUAGUAGCUACUAUAGGGGGAACAGUGGCAAAAGCUAUUGGAAUAACAUUCAUUUUUGUAGGAAUAGCAGGUGUCAUAAUAGCAGGUGUCAUAAUAGCUAAGAUUUUCAAGACACAAAGAAGUGAAGCUGGCACACUUGCCUCAGUGUAAAAUUGGGCCUGUUCCAGACAAACCUGGCACCUAUGAAUCUAAUGAGAGCCAGGCGGAGCUGUGCCCUUGCAGCUUUGGUUUUUCCUAAUUUUUUAUUAUAAUGAAUUUCUUUGGUCCACAUACAUUUGUCCAACAACACAAGUAAUCAACCGCAAAAUCAGACAACCCCAUUGUGGAAUAGUUUACCUAUUCAAUUGGUCAGCUUGUCGCAUUCUA